UGGUAAUACCGCAAGGGCAACAUCGUAACUUCACUGCACACCCUAUCCUCCCUCGCCUUCGCCUAGAUUCCUAUCUCCACCGCGUUCGGGUUCCUCCCAACACCUGCACCGCAGAACCAAACCCUAGCUGCGCUUCCUCCUCCAGAUCCCGGCGCCCCGGCCCCAUGGCCGCCCUCGUUUCUAGCUCCAGCUUCUCCGCCCGCCGUCCCUCCGCUCUCUAGCUCCGGAUCGCACGCGCACGUAAAGACAUGGAGCCCGCAGCCGAGGACGCCGCAGCCGCUGCGCCGGACUCGUGGGAGACGGCCGACAUAGACGGGCCCAUGAGUCGGCUCAUCCUCUCCGCGCGACGCGUGUCCUCUUCGCCGGACUUCGCUGACGACCAGGACCCGCCCCAGCCGCCGCCCACACUGCAGCCGCAGGGCGCGCCUUCGGCUCCCUCAGAUGCGCGCGAGGAUGUGGUAGCCCAGGUCGAUCAGUUCCUACGAGAGGCCCUCGAGAAGCCAAGGGAGAGGCUUUCUGUGCUAAGAAUGGAGCAAGAAAUUUUGAAGUUCAUUCAUGACCCUAGUCGUACAGAGUAUGAAUUCAAUGGCCUUCCAACUUCGUAUCUGCGUCUUGCUGCACAUCGCCUGGCGCAGCAUUACUUCCUGCAGUCCAUUGCCAUACCAGACAACAGUUUGCCUGAUGGAACUGGUUCACGUAUCAUCCUCCGUAAGACAACAUUCGACUGCCGACUGCCUGCUGUCCGCCUUGCAGAUAUUCCAGUUAACCUGCCACAAGAAGACAUCUCUGUGGCGAAAGUAGCUAUUAAACAGAGGCCUCAAAAGAAUUUACAUGGCAUGAACAGCUCAAGUGCUCACUCUUCUAGAGACAACCUCCAAAAAAGCGUCGAAGAAAGAAAAGAGGAAUACAACAAGGCACGAGCGCGGAUAUUUAACAACAGCAAUAGCAGUACUGCUACUGAUGAGAGAUCAGCUGAGGAAGUGACUUUACCCAGUACUCUUCACAGGUCCACUUCCUUGGAGUUGAACUCAAGCAAUAGAAUAGGUCAAGGGGCUGAAAUUACUCUUGAGAGGAGCUUGACUACCACUUCAGCUAGCAGCAGGUCAAAUAGAAGCAAGAUUGAUAAGGAGCCUGCAGUCAAUAGAAACAAGCAGAACAAUAGGGUUGCAAUUUUCAGAGAUCGUGAGUCAGAGCGCAAGGAUCCUGAUUAUGACAGAAGCUAUGACAGGUAUAUGCAAAGAUUUGAUCCUGGAUUUGGAUUUAGUGGAGGCCCAUACACAAUUCAACCCCUCUAUGCCCCUGCUGUUAACUACAACACCGAAUUCCCCCAGCUUGGGUCAGCACACCGAUCACCUGUUGCUGUCGAACAGCAACCUCGUCCAAUAGCUCAGCACAUGCCUGCAUCAUGGUCAGUGGCUCAAGCAUCUAAUGCAAUUGGCUAUGGGCCAGAUGGUGUCAUGGGACCUUACAGCCCUGGUGCACCUGUGAGAUCGUCUGUUUUCAUGCAUGCUUCACAGCAAUAUGCUAUACCUUCUCGCCCUGGAGUCCCAUUUGCACAUCCACAGGAAUCAAUGGGACCAUUUGCACAGACUCACCAACAACAACCUGAUGCUAGUCUACGCUUUGCCCGGCCCCGGUGAGGGGCCCGGGCAUGCCUGCACCUGCCAGUGUGCAACAAACACAUUAUCCUUUGUUACUGGCAGAUGGUAGCAGGCAUAAAAAAACCGAGAGGCGUAAGGCAGAGUCAGCCAUCUGUUUGAUGUUGUCAGCCUGUAUGCACUCUCGGUGUAGUUGCUCCCUGCAUACUGAGAUGCAGGAGGGGCACUGUUCUCCUUUAAACAGAAGCAGCUCUAGGUUUAUUGGACAACCCCACUAAUCCACAAGAAGAUCCACAAGAAGCUGAGAGGUGAUGCGUGGGCUGGGGGGGGGGGGGGGGGGGGGGGGGGUUGGUGGCCCUGCAUGCCCCUCUUUCAGCUUCAUUCUCGGUGCUUUUGCUUCCUCUCACAGAUUGAGAUGCUGGAGGAGCACAUCUUGCCCUCGUUGAAUGGGCUCUGUUGUUGAAGGACUGAUAGUGUUGGUAAAAAAAAUGGGAUUGCGCAGUGAGCGGGUGAUUGGCAAGGGGAAAGAUUGGGAUGGUCCAGUAUGUGAACAGGCGACAGGGAUGUGGCCUUAAGCCCCGUUGCCCAUGGGAUGCUUGCCGGGUUGAGCUGAGGUGGCAUGAUGACGAUGCUGGUUCUUGCUUUGCCUAGUGCAAUCGUGGCACCAUUCUUGGUCAGGUUUAGAAGCAGAGGCAUCUCUGUGCAGCUGCUGUUCACGGAGCUGGUGUUUUUAAGUUCUUUGUAGUCAGUGUUGUGUUGUAAAUCAAUCAGUGUUAGUUUGAGUGAACAAACCUAUUUCUUGUACCAUGUGCAUGACAAGCAACGACUAUAGUUGCUAAAGAUGAUGACGAAUCGUGUAUGCCUCACAGGCCUAUUUACUACAGAAGUGUUUGGUGUUGGAACAAUCUGAUGGAGUGAUGAUCUUGGAUUUGUGCGUUUAUGC